UGGUGAUUGUUUCCAAAACUUUUCUAGUACCAACAAGCCACAAUGAAAUUUUCGAAGCAACUCUCUUACAAUGCCGUUGCGGAGUGGCGUAAAUGGUAUCUGGAUUAUUCCUAUUUGAAGAAAUUUCUCAAAAACUUCGAAAAUCGAAAGUCCUUGGAUAGUUUCAGUGGUGGAAACGUGGAAGAGGACAGUACACCCUCAGUUGUCCUUCAGGAACAACCAGACUCCCCGCUAUCUUCACCUCGAGCGUCUUUGCAGGACGAAGAUCAGUUUGAGGGAAACUCUUCCAAAUUUGUUACAAGGUCGUUCUCUUUGCCUGCGGAAUCAAAGGAAGGCAGCUCGAAUCGGAGGAAUUUUUCUCCAGUUGAAGAGUAUAGUGGGGAUAGCAUCGAGCAACAGACAAAACUUGUAGGUUCACAAGGAGAAGAACGAGUUUCGUUAGGCAGAACAGAUAGGGAAUUAUUGCAAAUCUCUGUUGAAGAUAAUAUGACGGCGGAAGAUAAGUUUCAAGAGCUUGAAAGUCAAUUUUUUCGUUUGUUAUGGGAAGAAGCGAACAAGGUCGACUCAUUUUAUCGUUUUUUGAGGAGGCGCUUAGACUCGGUCACCAAUAAGCUUAUUAAUAUGCGAACCGUUUCCGGUGUACAGCCUAAAGAGAGAGUUAAACUUAGACAAGACCUAGUGGAACAUUUUCUUGAGGUAGUAGAGUUACAAAAUUUUGCGGCUCUUAAUCGUACAGGUUUCGAGAAGAUAUUGAAGAAACACGAUAAGUUACUAGGAAUGAAUACCAAGGAUGCAUUUCUUUCUCGUCUAGGACAGUAUUCGUUUUAUGAUGCUCAAGAGUUGAAUGCUUUGAAGGAACGUUUGGAACUUAUCUACAGCAAUUUAUUCUGCAAUGAUGAUCUCAAUCAAGCGAAGAAUGAAUUGUACGGUUCAGUUCGAGAAAUGAUCGUUUGGGAAAGAAAUACCAUCUGGCGUGAAAUGUUGCAACAAGAGAGGAAACUAGCAAAUAUUACGAGUAGACAGUAUACGGGUGAUGUGAACACAUCCGCUGGAGCUUUUCUAGAAACCAAACCGUGGCAACUGUUUCUUGCAGUUGUUACUUUAUGUCUGAUUCUGUUGAUGCCCAUUUUCUCUUCCACAUACGCCGCGGCACAUCGUUGUUUGGCAAUGCUUAUAUUUGUGGGAAUUUUGUGGGUGACUGAAGCAGUUCCACUCUAUGUUACUUCACUAAGUAUUCCAUUCUUAUCUGUUCUGUUGCGUUGUUUUGUCGACUCUCACGGGAAAGCCUUGUCUCCUCAAGAGACUGCAACACAAGUCCUAGCAUCCAUGGCAAGUCCAGUAAUUAUGUUGAUAUUGGGAGGUUAUUCUUUAGCUGCUGCAUUAUCAAAACAUACUAUUGAUAAAUGGCUGGCUACACUAGUAUUGAGUCGUUUCAAAGAACCCAGACUGUUUCUUCUUUUAGUGAUGCUGUUGGGAACGAUUCUUUCUAUGUUUUUGAGCAACGUUGCUGUUCCUGUAUUAUUAUUUUCAGUAUUACGACCCCUACUUAUUGGUCUGCCUCCUUCUUCUUUACCGUUUAUCAAAUGUCUUGUUUUAGGUGUCGCGUUUUCAGGGAAUAUUGGCGGAAUGACCACACCAAUUGCCUCACCACAAAAUGCUAUUGCAGUCGAACAGUUAAGUGCUAGUCAUCCCAUUGGAUUUAUAGAGUGGACAUUGUUAAGUGUGCCAUUAUCCUUAUUGAUUGUCGCCAUUAUUCACAGACUGCUUGUUCUCUGGUAUCGCCCAAAUUUGGAGAGAUUGCCUUUAUUGCCUACUCACUCCAUUCAUUGGAACAAGGAACAACUUUUGACUUUAUUCACAUUAUUUUUGUCGAUAUUCUUGUGGGGUUGUAAGCCUGUGUUGAAUAUUCUAGGUUCAGAAGGAAUCAUUGCUAUUGUGCCUGUUGUGAUAUUCUUUGGUAGCGGUGUUUUAGCAAAGGAGGACUUCAAUAGUAUGCCUUGGAAUGUCAUUUAUUUAGUUGCAGGUGGCAUAUCAUUGGGAACUGCGGUGAAAUCUUCUCAGUUACUGGAUAUAGCCAUCAGUAGCUUAGAGUCCACUAUUCUCCGACACUCUCUGUGGUUAGUGUUUUGCAUCUUUUGUAUCUUUACAAUGCUAUGCAGCUUGCUUGUCAGCCACACUGUUAGUGCCAUCAUUAUCUUGCCAGUACUAGCUCAAGUAGGAGUGCAUAUGGGUCAUGUCAGACUUUUUGUAGUAGGAGGAGCUAUGGCUUGCUCUAUUUCCAUGGCUUUGCCUGUAAGUUCAUUUCCCAACAUGUGUGCUUUACAUGUUGAAAAUGAAACUGGAAAGAGAUAUGUUCAGAGCAAAGAUUUCUUAUCCACAGGAGCCAUAUCGAGUAUUAUUGCUGGAGGGUGUCUUUGUAGUAUAGGCUUUGCAUUGUUCUAUCUUACAGGCUUGUAGCAACUUAUAUUUGUUGAGGACAAUUGUAUUGUCCAAGAGAGUAAGAAUGUCGUUCUUUUGAUAUUGUAUUGGUUACUCUAGCUUGAAAAAUUCGGGAGACUUUUUUUAUUGAAAGCAACACAGAAUCAUAUCAUAUUAUAUUACAUUAUAUUAUAGAAUGAUAGACUUGCAUUUUUCUUUUCUUAAGAAUUGAGAGAGUCCCUGGAUCAAUGAGGCUUCUUAUCUUCUUGCUGCAAAUUUUGAAUGAUGCUUUUUAGAGAGAUCCAAACCAAAAAACAGGAAAUGAAGCAAGUGACGCAAAUGCAAUAUCGACAUUUGGUUUUUAAUAUUUUGAGCAGUCCUACGAAUUCAUACUGAAGAAGCAUUCAGUGGUAAAAGAUGUUCUAUUGAGGGAUGGCAAAUGGGAAUCUAAAAAGUAUCCGAGUUUUAUUCAGUUGAAAGAAAAUCCUAUUUCUUAAUUUUUUAUUUUUGUUUUCAUACUCUCACGGCAUAUUUGCGAUAUGGAAAAGUUUAUCUGUUCUUGGAUUGGUAAAUUCGAUAAGACAAGGGGUUCAAUUACGUCUGAGGCGAUAUUUUUCUUGAAAUGCUUUAGUAUUUCUAGUCUAUGCUAUAAUGAGGACUACUGGGAAAAGGCUAUCUACUUAGAAUGUAUUUAGAA